AUUUAUUAUUCCCUAAAGGUAAAUAUCACUGUAGGAGAAGCAUCAUUCCAUACCAUCAUCUCAUUUUUAUGUGUGCUUGCAUAGUCUACAUAUAACAAAUCUGUGUUCUGCUUAGAGGAUUUAAUGUGUAUUAUACAAGGCAAUGGAACAAUUAUUAACAUAACAUAACUACAGUUUCUAAGUAACAAUAUCCUUAAUGUCACUUAAUGAAUUUAUUCUUAAUGCUUCUGGUUUUUGUUUCAUUUGUUGGCUGAAUCCAAUAUUUUGUUUUAUAAACAGCUUCUUCAUUCAGGUAUAAAGCAUCUCAUAUCAUAUUAAAGACAGUUGGUAUAGCACACUUCUCCCAAAAAAGUGCUUAAAGGGUUGUUUGUUUGGGGCUUUUUUAAUAUUGGCUCCUUCCUAUCAAAAUUACUCAAAACUGAAGGUUGCGCAAGAACCUUAUUAAGCUAGAAAAUGUCUUUCUUACUCCUGGACAUAGAUUUUGAAAUAAUGUGUGCUUUAGAUGUGCAGUGAGAUCUGUCAGUGGGAUCUAUUGCUUAUCAGGAUGAAUUGAUUACAUGCUUGCUUUCGUGCCCUUGAGGAGAGGAACUUCUGAAUGAUAGGGUGUGCAGAAAAUAAAGGCAGCAGGCCAUGACAACCAUAAUUCCCCACAGUUUUUUGAACCAUUUGUUGCCUGUGUUUUGGCAUUGCAUACAUCACUGGCACUGUGUACAGCUAAGGAAAAAAGGCUGGGACUUGAAUGGUGGCUGCUUAAAGGAAUGACACAGUAGAGACCCUUUACUGUCAUUGCUCCCCAGUUUCCAAUGUAUGAAAAAUGUAUUGCUUAAUUAUCAAGGAUUUGUGGUUUUGGGCACAUCUGACAAAAAAAGUAGUUUAUCCUUAAAGGCUGUAAACUUUGGGAAAUAGUAAUCCAGCUGUAGAGGGAGAAUUAUUGCUGUGAGAGACAGCAUUGUUUUCCAGAGCUCUGAUGAAAUGACCUGUAUUGUGCCUUUUACUUGGGGGGAAAAUUCCUAGAGUUUGACUGAAAAUAUGAGACUACUUUGUAUUUACUUUGUGUCUUACAAAAAAUAUGUUUGAACUCUAACCAUCGAUAUAGGAAAACUUUCUGGCCAACUGAGAGAGAAAACAUUUCUGCCACAAUAUCUUAUUAUCCUGUCACAGACACAUUUUCUGAAAAAUCCCUUUGCCAGGAUUUUUCUCCUGAGAAGCUGAGGAACCUCAGAGGAAAAGAAAAGCAAUAAUUAUCUGCUGCUGUGGAAUGCAACAGGUGCAUCCUUGAUUGGUCCAUGUUGGUUGUUUCUAAUUAAUGGCCAAUCACAGUCAGCUGGCUCAGACUCUCUGAGAGUCACGGCCUUUUGUUAUUCAUUCCAUUCUUUUCUUUUCCUUGCUCCUUCUGAUGAAAUCCUUUCUUCUAUUCUUUUAGUAUAGUUUUAAUAUAAUAUAUAUCAUAAAAUAAUAAAUCAAGCCUUCUAAAACAUGGAGUCAGAGCCUCAUCUCUCCCCUCUUCCUAGGACCCCUGUGAACACCAUCACAUUAUUCUAUUUAUACAAUCUCAAAUAAUUAGGCAUAAAUUAAUUUCUACUGUACUUAGAAUUUGACAGGACUUUAGAGGCAGUUAUUGCUACUUGCUAGAAAUUAACUAGUUUCUAACACUGCUAAUUGCUAGAAAUUAGUUAACUUUUUAUUUAAAAUAAAUUCUAUUAGAAUAAAACAUCAAGAUACAAGUUAGCUGUGUAAACUACUUUCAUUGUGACAGUUUGUAGACAAAGAUUUUUAUUUUUUCUGCGAGGAGACCAAAUAUAUUUUCAGAAAUGUAAAUUCACUGUAUAUACAUCUACCUGGCUGGGAAGAAGAGGUCCUAUAAACUUACUUUUGCAUGCUGGAUACUGCAGUUUUAGCCCAAUAACAGUUCUGCAUUAGGGAAAAAUAAAUGAUACAUCCAGAAAAUGUUUUGAAUCAAAAUUGUAAAAUAUUAAUAUAGCACUUCUUAUACAUGAUUAGAAAGUAAUCUUAUUAAAUUUUACACAGAAAUACAGUUAUAAGCAAAAAAACCCAAAAUAGCUAAAACCCCCUAAAUGAACUAAGCAAAAAUGCCAACCAAGCCCUAAUAGGUGAUAAAUGAGGCCAAUUCAGAAUUGAGAAGCACUGACCAUGAAAAAACCCCCCAGUUUUAGAGACAAGAACAAUUAUCUUGAACUCCUGUUUGGAGAUCUUUGUUCUCUACAGUUUGUAGUACUUAGCACCUGCUCUAGAAACAUCUUCUAUAAAUAACCAUUUUCUGUUUCAGACAAAAUUAACAUUGAAAACUAUCUUGGUGCAGCUGCUCAGUUUUUCUAAAACUGUGAAUUGCCAAAAAAGGAACAGUAAUUCCUUGGGGACCUCAGAGUUUAAUCCUUUUUCUGUAACAUGAUCCCAUGUAGUGGAGCUGUGAUGGAAGUCCAUUAUUACUGCUAGCUGUUUUUUGAGUUGCUCAAACUGAGAACUGAGAAGCCUUCUGUAGAUGAUCCUCUCUCUUUUAUGAUUUCUGUGGCUUUGUAGUUCCAUAAUUACUGCCCCUGAUGGCGCAGUGCCCCAAAAAUGAAUACUUUGAUAAUUUGCUGCUCUCUUGUACUCCUUGUCACCUCCGGUGUUCCAGUGCACCACCGCCUUCCUGUGUAGACUACUGUGAGAAGAGUACCGAUUCAAGUGGAAUUCUUUGGAUUUGUUUGGGCAUAGGGUUGAUUUUAAUAUUCACUCUGUUUACCUUAAUGGUCUUGUUUAAAUGGAAGCACCUAAAGCAACUAAAAGAAAAACUGGAAAACAAAGACUCCGCUGUGGAGCCGAGUAAUAUUCUCAAGGCAGAGACUGAAAGCAGUGUGAACACAGAAGAAAUUAGACACACACUUCCAAGUGAAACAUUAAUGUAUUCAGUGGAAGAAUGCACUUGCAGUGACUGUGGCUUGGUGAAACCUCAGACUGGCUGUGAAACUUCAUUUCCAUUACCAGCUACUGAAGAACGAGCUACUGUUCUAGUUACCACCAAAUCUGUUGAUUAUUACAACUAUGUUCUGGGUGUUGGGUGACUGGGAGGGAAGUGUAUUUGUACUGAGUAAUGAUAAAUGAGUUAUUCCAGUACAGCUGUAAACCUUAAUACUUGCAGUCAAUGGAGAAGGUAGUACAUCAUCCUUGGAGAUCUCCCAUUGUGCUUGCAUUAAUAUUGUCAUUUUUUCUAAUUCUAGUAUUGCAGUAGUCAAGUAUUUCUACAGUAUUCUGAGGCACUCAACUGGUUAUUGGAAUUUUUAAUUUCAGAAAGUCCUUAUAUAGGAGAGCUUUUUCUGCCUUUAGAGAUUGUACCUACUUAUAGCAGAUGUAUAAAAAAUAAACAAGUUUG